AUGCCGAGCCACAAGUCUUUCCGUACGAAGCAAAAGCUCGCCAGAGCUCAGAAGCAGAACAGACCUAUCCCUCAAUGGAUCCGAUUGAGGACUGGUAACACCAUCCGAUACAACGCAAAGAGGAGACAUUGGCGCAAGACCCGCAUCGGUAUCUAG